AUGGCUGGGAAAUUAGUUGAUAAGAUUGAUCCUUUCAAGAACAAGGCCCUGAUAAAAAGUAGAAAGCAGAAAAGAAGCCAGGGUUCCUCUCAUUACAGAAGCCAAAUUUCGUCAGAGUUGACACCACUACCCCAGUUAAAAGAUACCCCAGCUUCAGAGCAGCAAGAUUUAUUCAUCCGUAAAAUGCAGCAGUGUUGUGUGGUUUUUAAUUUCAUGGACCCAGUGGCCGAUUUGAAGAGUAAAGAGGUGAAAAGGGCAUGUCUGAAUGAAAUUGUUGAGUACAUCACUGCAGCCAGGGGUGUACUAACUGAACCUCUCUAUCCUGAAAUUGUCAAAAUGAUUGCUUGCAACAUAUUUCGCACCCUACCACCCAGUGAAAAUCCUGAAUUUGAUCCUGAGGAGGAUGAUCCCACAUUAGAUGCAUCCUGGCCACAUUUGCAGAUUAUUUACGAGUUUUUCUUGAGGUUUCUGGAGACUCCGGAUUUUCAGCCGAGUAUGGCUAAGAAGUUUAUCGAUCAGAGAUUUGUGCUACAGCUUCUAGAACUGUUUGAUAGUGAGGAUCCAAGGGAGAGGGAUUUCUUGAAGACGGUGCUUCACAGAAUUUAUGGGAAGUUUUUGGGACUAAGAGCUUUCAUCAGGAAACAAAUUAACAACAUAUUUUUGAGGUUCAUAUAUGAAACUGAGCAGUUCAACGGCACUGGAGAACUCUUGGAAAUUCUUGGAAGCAUCAUAAAUGGAUUUGCCCUGCCACUGAAGAAUGAACACAAGCAGUUUCUACUAUCCGUUCUUCUCCCUCUACACAAAGCUCGCAGCCUAAGUCUUUACCAUGCACAGUUAGCAUACUGUGUGGUGCAAUUUCUUGAAAAAGAUGCCUCGCUAACUGAGCCAGUUAUCAAGGGUAUACUUAAAUUCUGGCCUAAAACUUGUAGCCAGAAAGAGGUGAUGUUCCUUGGUGAGUUAGAAGAGAUACUAGAUGUCAUUGAACCAACUCAAUUUCAAAAGGUUAUGGAUCCAAUGUUCAAACAACUAGCUAAAUGCGUGUCUAGUCCUCAUUUCCAGGUGGCAGAGCGAGCGCUGUAUUACUGGAACAACGAGUACAUAAUGAGUUUAAUAGAGGAGAACUCCUCUGACAUCCUUAGAAUCAUGUUUCCAGCCCUCUACCGCAUCUCUAAAGAGCACUGGAAUCAAACUAUAGUAGCCCUGGUCUACAACGUUCUCAAGACUUUUAUGGAGAUAAAUAGCAAGCUCUUUGAUGAACUGACCUCAUCCUAUAAAGCUGACAGGCAGAGGUCUGUGUUGGUAAUCUGGAUAAUUAUGACUAAUUACUAA